AUGCGCGAGUUCAAGGUAGUGGUACUCGGAAGCGGAGGUGUUGGUAAAUCAGCUCUAACCGUUCAAUUCGUUUCAAAUACGUUCAUUGAAAAAUAUGAUCCGACAAUUGAAGAUUUUUAUCGCAAAGAAAUUGAGGUAGAUGGUCAGCCAUGUGUACUGGAAAUUCUGGAUACCGCAGGCACAGAACAGUUUGCAUCAAUGCGUGAUUUAUAUAUCAAAAAUGGACAAGGUUUUGUAGUAGUUUACUCAAUAACAAGUCAACAAACAUUUCACGACAUCAAGACCAUGCGUGAACAGAUUGUUCGGGUUAAGGGUACCGAUCAAGUGCCUAUCCUAUUGGUUGGUAACAAAUGUGACCUAAUUCAUCAGCGACAGGUGCGAACAGAAGAUGGUCUUGGCUUAGCAGAAUAUUGGUCCUGUCCAUUCACGGAAUGCUCAGCAAAGAGUGCACAUAACGUGAAUACUGUAUUCGCCGAAAUUGUACGCGAAAUGAAUUAUGUUCAAAAUGCGCGCAUCAAACAAAAUCAGGGAUGUUGUAUAGUGCUGUGCCAGUUAGGACAGUUAUGGAAACUUAAAUGCCAGUUAGGUUUGUGCGCCAAUCGAUGUAACCUACCUUCCGCUGAUACGGAUCAAAUACGGACAGGACCUUAUAUAGAUAAUACAAAAGAGAAUGGACUUGGUGGUAUAACCUAUUUCUCGGUGAGUUUUUCUCGCUUUAUUCUAGAUAAAUUUGAGGAAUUGAACUAUUUACUUAUACUUACAGUACCCAAGGUUUCUAUAUAA